AUGCCGCUGACGUGGAAAGGUGUGAUCUUUGUCGGUCAAAGCGCGAGCGUCGUGGAUACGUUAACUGAAGCUGGGCUGACUAAUUACAUGGGAGAGCAUAUCAGCGACAGCGACUCCGCUGGAGCAGUCGCAGUCUCGCAGCACGAGCUAAGCGGCGAGCAGAGUGUAACAGAUUCUCGUAGCUUGAAGACGGAAGGUCAGGGAAGUACCAGCUCCAUUGGGUACAGCGGAUGGUACGAGGGCGGGAUUUUCGAGUUCCUCAUCUCCUUCCCGAACGACUACCCGCGAUCGCCCCCUCAGCUGCGCUUCGUCCCUCCGCCGCUUCACCCGCAGAUCGCGGCGGACGGCCUGCUUGUGCUCGACGACGCGCGUCCGCCGCUCCAGGAGAUCCACACCCCGCAGGCCGCGCAGCGGAACACGUCAAGCGGCAAGGGCAGCGGCCACGUCAUCCCGCUGCUUUUCCACGUCCACCGCAUGUUCCAGACCCUCCGGCCGUGGGCUCCAAAUCGGAACCCGCUUCGACUGAUGAACGGCCCAGAUGCCGGAGCCAUCAUCAUCGCGAGCGCAAGGAACGGCGGAGAAACCGCGGGAGAGGGUCACGGGUGGGAGGGUGGAGAAGAAGGGGCAGGAGGGAGGGGAGACGGGGCAGCUGUGGGCAAUCCCGCUGCUGCUGCCAUGUUAGCGCAUGCGCGAGACGAUUUGUACGCUGCUGUGCGCCGGUGUGUGGCUAGCUCCGUGAAACGCGCUGAGACUCAGGCUCGGAUACGUGCAGGUUUCUGGGAGACUAAUGGGAGGAUGCGAGCAGGAGUGGAAAGAGCAGAUCAGCCCAGGAGCAGCGGUGCGCGGAGCAGCAGGCGCAGAAGGAGGAGAUGA